AUGGGCCAGCUCGGUGAUAUAUCGCCUCAGGGGAGUAUCGCUAUUGGUGUUUUGGUCGGAUUGGUGUCAACCAGCCUCCAAGCUAUCGGGCUAACCCUUCAACGAAAAUCGCAUAUACUUGAGGAUGAGAAAUACCCUUACGACAUUAGAAGGCCGCCAUAUAGACGAAGAAGAUGGCAGCUUGGCAUGUUUAUGUUUGUCCUUUCGAAUAUCGUCGGUAGCACAAUUCAGAUUACCACCCUACCACUACCGGUACUUUCGACUUUACAGGCAUCCGGUCUGGUGUUCAACACGAUCUUUGCAACGCUGAUUCUUGGAGAGCCUUUCACCCGUUACUCUUUCGGCGGUACUAUUCUCGUUUGUAUCGGCGCGAUUUUGAUCGCCAUUUUUGGGGCCAUCGGUGAGCCCGCGCAUACCUUAGAUCAGCUUCUUAAGCUUUUAGGACGAUCGGCUUUUCUCCAAUGGAUCGCAGGAACGGCGGUAAUAAUUGUGAUUACACUUUUGGGUGCUCAUAUGUUGAAAGGUCCUUCGGUUUCUGGCUGGUCUGGUAGCUGGGGCCAUUCGAAUUCUAAAACACACGGGUCGCAUCACCACCACUACCACAGCCCGCGGUUAAAAACGCUCAGAGGUGUUUUGUAUGGCGCAGUUAGCGGUAUACUUUCUGCACACUCGCUGCUUGUAGCGAAAACCGCCGUUGAAUUGCUUGUUCGCACCAUUCUUGAUCGCGUCAACCAAUUUAACCGAUGGCAAUCUUGGGUCAUUCUACUAGGUUUGGUGGCCAUCGCUCUCACCCAACUAUAUUACAUGCAUCGUGGCCUCAAGCUAUGCAGCACGAGUAUUCUUUAUCCAUUUGUGUUUUGCAUUUAUAACAUUAUUGCGAUUUUGGAUGGUCUGAUUUAUUUCCGGCAAACGUCGCGCUUGUCAGGACUACAUGCUGGACUUAUUGCUUUGGGGACUGUUAUUUUGCUUUCUGGCGUUCUUUGUCUAUCAUGGAGACUGGAAGAACCCAUGAGCCCUGCAGAAACAGGGGCAGCGCCUGCACCUAGUGCCUUGACCCCGGGACUUGGACUUUUGGAAGAACGGGCUCCGUCACCGACUUACUCGGGCCUUAUUUGCCCGUCUGAUGAAGAAUCAUACCCUGCAGAACGGCAACCGCUGCUAUUGCAAACACCUAGCCAACAACGGACCCCAUCUCGCCGUUACACCACAGCUCUACCCCCGUCAUCGCAGGAGCGGCACAGCAUGGGCCUAGCCAACGAAACAGCUCAAAUCUGGGCCGACCUGUACGACGAAAGCAGCACCGGCAACGAUAGCAAUGCUAUGGCCCCAAAAUCCCCCAGCCAAUGCCCUGCAUCCCCUUCCACACUCCACCGCCAAGAUCAAAGACAGCGAAGCACGAGCGGCACCAUCCCAUUCACAGCCAGACACCCCAACACCGCCCCCACAUCCCCAGCAUCUCUUUUUCCCGAGCGACGGAGGUCCAUAAGAUGGCAAGGCGUGUUGAGAAAUAACACCAGCAGCAAUAGCCGUCGCCUGCGCUGCGACGCCGGUUCUGGGUGGCGCCGUGCGUCGACACCCGUUGUGGGAAGAGGUGUUCGGGAGCCGAUUUUUGCACUUCAGGUAGAUGUGGGGGCUGGUGCGAAUGCCGAUGUUGCAGAUGGGACUGCCCCCGGCAGGCCAAGUCGGGCUAGGGAACCCGAGGAUGGUGUAAGUGUAGGGGAGCAGGACGACGACGAUGAACAACGAACAGGGGCUCAAGGCACGUGGCUUAGUCGGCUCUUUCAUACUCGUUGA